GUGUCUUGGCCUGCGGGGCUCUCGUAGCCGCUCCUUUCCCAGGUGACGCACAUUGGAGCCGCCAUUUUCUAGUGGCCCGGGUUCGAGUUCCCGCCUCGGCCGCCAUGGCAGACGCGGAAUUGGAGGCAGAGGAGAGCAGCGAGGAUGGCGGCGGCGGCGGCGGCGUGGCUACCCCCCACCAGAGCGGCCGCGCCGCGCGCGUGGCCCCGCUGGGCCCGGAGCAGCUGCGGCGGGUCCUGGAGCAGGUGGCGAAGGCGCGGCUGCCUGCCGAGCCGCCGCCCUUCGUGCUGCAGGACGCGGCGCAGCGGCUGCGGAACGUGGCCCAGCAGGCGGCCUUGCAGCGGGGCCCGGGCGCCGAGCCACCGCGCGCGCAGCGCCUGCUGACCCCUCAGCAACUGGAGGCCAUUUGUGUCAAGGUAACAUCUGGAGACAGGAAAGUCCAGGAGAGGCCGAUGCCCCUGCUUACCACCAUCCUGCCCAAGACAGCCAGACAGGGCCAGCUGCCAGAGAGGCAGUCCAGCGCCUUGGGGCUUGGCAUUGCAAGCUCCCAGCUGCUCAGAGCACAGCCCCUCCUGAGCACCGGGCCACAGCUGUGUCUCCUGAGUAACUCACCUCAGCCUCCUGUUCAGUUGUUGGUACAGAGGCCACUGCCUGCCCUCCAACCAGUGCCUGUGAAGAGAGCUUCAACCCGUGAGGUGCCAGAUGGGCAGAGCACUGUGCUGGCCCCAUUGUCAACCUUUGAGCCACUGGCAGUAACAUCUGUUUCAUCCAGUUCAGCCAAUUUAUUUAUUUCCAACUCACAUACAAAACACACUGAAAAACUAAAAAAAUCUUUAAAAGUGAAAACACGUUCUGGACGGAUAUCUCGGCCUCCCAGAUAUAAAACUAAAGACUAUAUAUUCAUAAAAACGGAGGAUUUGGCUGACAGUCACCUGUCGGAUUCUGAUGAUUAUUCAGAACUGAGUGUGGAAGAAGAUGAAGAGCAGAGAGAAAAGAAGGCGCUCUUUGAUGUAUCGGGCUGCUCUCUGAGGCCCAAAAUGUUUAAGUGUCAGACCUGUGAGAAGUCAUACAUUGGAAAGGGAGGACUGGCCCGGCAUUUAAAGCUGCAUCCGGGCCAUGGCCAGCUGGAACCUGAGAUGCUGCAGUCUGAGAAGGCCAACGGCAGCGUGAUCCGGGGCCGUGCCAAGGGCAGGACUGUUAGCCUGACGUCUCCCAGGCUCUCCCCGCCAGCUCUCGUCAGUGAGGAAGGGGCUGGGUCAGCAUGGGGUGGCCUGCAGAAUGGUCAGUCUGUAGAAGUUGAAGAGGCGUUGGUGUCUGGACCAGAAAAUGGAAGUGUUUCAGCCCUUUUGGGGUCAGAGGGACAGCCAGGCCCUAGAAGGAGUGGCUACUCCAUAGGCCCUGCAGAGUCCAGCACAGCCAUCCUCGAGCAGAGUGAUGAGGCCCCUCCACACAGGGCCGCUGGGGCGCAGAGCACAGCAAGGAGCAGAGCCAGGCUCCAGGAGUUUCUCCACCAGUGUGACCGGGAGGCUCUGGUGGAACUGGCUUUGCCUCAACUGGCCCAGGAGGUGACCGUGUAUGAAUUUCUUCUGACAAAGGUUGACACGGGUCAUGGAGGGAAGCCUUUCUUCCCAGCCGUGUACAAGGAGUUUGAAGAGUUGCACAAAAUGGUUAAGGAGAUGUGUCAGGAUUACCUCCGGAAUCCUGGGCCGCAUUCUCAGGAGCCUCUGGAAAUAAACAACAACAAGGUUGCCGAGUCCUUAGGAAUCACAGAAGAACUGAGGAAAACAUGCACAGAUUGCAUUUGGCCCAGGGACACCAGCCGGGAUGUGGACAGAGCGGAGCUGGAGGAAGCUGGCCAACGGAAAAGGGAAAUCAAGACCACAGAGAGGCUGGCCUCGGUGAAAAGGACCAGAAGGGGGCCCCCACCCCAGGACCCUGCCCAGGUGUUGGCUGACACUGGAGGCCAGUGGGCGCUGGCCUUGUGUGCCCCGACCGCCAGUGAGGGUCUCGGCCCUCGGGUGAAUGGGAGCACCUCUCACCAUUCUGAAGAAAACUGUACAAUGCUGGCUGCUGGUAGCAAUGCAAGUGUAUCACAUGCAGGCCAGCAGCUUACAGCAUUUGCUGACUUAGAAGCCAGGAGUGGGUCUGUGGACCCUACUGUCUUGGACCAGAAGGUCAGUGGGCCAGGUCUUUACACUCAGUUAGGAGAGCCCAGGAUGCUGGCCCAGGAACAAGUGGCAGCUUUCCUCGAAGAGGAUACUCAGGAACACUCUUCAGACUGGAACGCCGGGGACAGCCCGAGGGGCCGGGAUCGCUGCAGCACCUUGAUAUCCACCCAAGGUGUGGUGCCCCUGCUGUCCAGUGGGUCUGGAAACACAGAGGCAGGAAACCCCAUCGAGGUGCACAGCUACCACAUGAAUGGUCACUGUUCCCGCCCCUGUGCCGCCCUGCUCACCGAGGUCACAGCCCCCCUGCCGGAGAAAGUUUUGUCCACAGACAUCGUGCCAGUAGACUGUGCCUACAGGACUGUGCCUGAGCCAGGGCCUCAGCCUGGCGGGAACAGGUCACUGUCCCCUGACAGGGGGAACCAUAUAGGGGACUUGGACCAGUUGCCCUGUGGGACUGGAGUGCCCACUGAUCACAGGGAACUGGAGAGCAUUGUUGCUGUUGGUGAAACCAUGGCUUUUGAAUUUACCCACGGGUGCCUCGAGUUGCUGUCUCAGGGACAGGAGCAGAUAUUUAUUCAGACUUCCGAUGGGCUGAUCUUGUCCCAUCCAGGUUCCAUAGUGUCUGGGGAGGAGCAUGUUGUCAUAGUGACAGACGCCCUGCAGACGGGCCCCCUAGAAGGGGCUCCUCUAGAAAUCAUGGAGGCAGAGCCCUCACAGUGAAAUCAGAAACGCAGCCCUAGAUUUCUUUGUAUUUUACCCAAAGAAGGUCUAUUUCAAGUAUUGUAUAUUUUUCUAAUGUGAAUAUGAUGCAAAAGAACGUUUUAUUUAUAAAGAAUAAUGUCUGCCUUUUCCUCCGUCUUGCUUGGGGCAAUUUGGCAGGUGUCCCUCAGACGCAGUGGCCCGCCGAUUAGCGCAGUUGCUUGUCUGCCUGCUCCCUACUCCCCGGAACAGGCCCCUCCUCUGCUGUGAUAUGCUGCUUUUCCACCACAUCUGGGUUCAAUAAAUAAAUAAAUAAGCUAUCCA